AUGAGUGAGCAUCCUACCUUGGCUGGAAUGGUAGCACCUCCAUACGUCGAUCCUACAACAAAAGUUGGCAUGAUGUCCCAAAUAGUGAUGUCCGGGUCAGGCUUAAAGCCUGCUACCCAGCCUGACCCAGCCCAACCCGACCCUGAAAAGCCUGGCCCUAGUGGAGGGCUUUGGCAGGCUCAAGGCUCAGGUGUCGACUUCAGAAAGCCCAAGCCCUGGGCUUUCGGCCUGGUGGAGACUAUAUCAGUAAUUGCUUUGUCCUUCAUGCUUGUGCGAGAUGAGCCUGAUCCUAAUCUUAUUGUCAAUGGAAGACACAAUCAUCAGCGUCCUCAGCACUAUGGAGAAAGCGAUGAUGAGCAUACUGCUGUGCCAUCUGUACCUCGGCAGUCCAAAUGCAUACGUACCAAUGAUGAGACCCUGGAGGAAUGUGAUGAGCCUGAGGUGCCAGAAAAACAAGCAGGACCCAUUUCAACAAUCCAUUUAUCUGCUUCACAAUGUUCUCCUCCAACUCAGCAUAUGCCUGGUGACUCGCUCAGCUUUCCAGAUCCUCCAGCACUGCUUGUGUUUCCAGUUGACCCAGCUGACAUUUCCAACACUGGUAGCUGGAAGGAGCAUAAGGAUCAGAUUAUAAAGAUCUCAGACCACCUGCAUGGGCUAUUGACACUGCAAAAGACAUGUGUAUACUUAGACAAAAAACUGCUGGCAGUUCAGCACAAUGCUGACAGAGCACAUCUCAAGAAAAGGGAGUAUUACCUUCCUGCCAUUCCUCCUGUAUCACAUCCUAAUCCUUUCAAGUCAAAAACCUCUUUUCAGGCCUCGGCCUCCAACUUGAAUGGGGGGAGAGUACACUAUGAUACUACAAGAGAUGAGGAACAGUAUUCUAGCAACUCAUGGACCACUAAAAUACGAGUGCCCCACCGAGCUCAGAUUUCUGAAGAUUUAGGUAGCCGAAAUCCCUCUUUGCACAAGGGAAAUUGCCAAGGAUGUUCUCUUAGCAAUCCUGGCUUGGAUCAAGGUAAUAAUGAUGGAAACCAAGGUCCAUUUCAUCGUGAUCCAGGCUAUUCACAAAUUCUUGCAUGCUCUGCUUACUCAGAGUAUACCAGCAUCGCCUCUGACACUGCGUUCAAAGAGACUGAGGCUAACAUACCUACUUUCAACAGUAAUCCAAACCCGAGGGAUAGUUGUGAGAACAAAGUCAUUGAUACUCUGGCCUGGAAUAAUAACAUCGGCAAUCCAGUCCUUCCCUAUUCAACCAAUAACCAGCAGGCAAAAGAUAUGAAGAAUAUCUAA